CGGCGGCGCUGGCAGCAUUUCCGGGUGCCAUUCCACCAUGGCCCCGAGCAGUUUGGAUGGCGAUCUCGCGAAACUGGCCCUGCUCGGGUGCGGGCGCCACUGAGUCCAGCAUGCGGCCAUGAGCGAGGCGGCCGGCGGGGACCUGCCAGAGCCCUGGCUGCCGCCGCCCACCAACGGCGAGCCGCUGCGGCUGCCGCCGGUCUCGACGCUCAUGCAGGCCAAGGACUGGGCCACGCCGCCGCCGCAGCCCGAGCUGCUGCUGCUGUCCUCCGAGGAGUCGUCCACGAGCGCCGCGCCCAGCCCGGCGCCCAGUGCGGCGCGGCCCUUCUUCCCGUGCGCGGUGUGCGGCAAGCAGCUGGCUUCGCGCAACGUGCACCAGCUGCACAUGCGCUCGCACUCGGGCGAGAAGCCGUUCGGGUGCGGGCUGUGCGGCCACCGCUUCUCGCAGAAGACGUCGCUGACGCGCCACAUGCGCUCGCACACGGGCGAGCGGCCCUUCCCGUGCGAGGUGUGCGGCAAGCGGUUCGCCGACAAGGAGCGCAUCAAGAUCCACAUGCGCACGCACACGGGCGAGAAACCGUUCGGCUGUCACGUGUGCGGCAAGGCCUUCUCACAAAAGUCCACCGUCAAGCGGCACAUGAGCGUCCACACGGGCGAGAAGCCCUUCGGCUGCCCCGUGUGCGGCAAGGGCUUCGCCAACCGCGGCAACCUCAACGCCCACGCCAAGACGCACCACCAGAGCUGAGAACGGCUCUUACUUAACGAGGCCCAUAUCACAGCGCUGCAUGUUUUAACCCUUUAUUGUUGUUGUUGCUGCUGCCGCCGCCAGCUACGUGCAUUGUUGAGAGCGCGCUUAUUUAUCACUGGUUAGAGAGAGCCUUUAUUUAUACCUCUGUUGGGCAUUAGCUGGCUGGGCCAGCCGACUGUAGGAAUCUCGCCGAGAAGAAUCUCUUUAGGGCAUUAUUACUUCGACAUUCCAGGGGUUUGGGGGGACACCACUAGUCAACCGCGGGGUCUGCUCAAAGUCCUGUGUGGCCACCCGUAGAAGCCUCUGCGUAGCCUCCGUAGCGUAGUCUAUCCGUCCAGGCAGGGCGGUGGCGCGCCGGCCCAUUCGGCGGCGCAUUCUGUGCUGCAUCAUGUAUCGCUGUGCCUUCCGUUUCCACGGCUGCGAGCAACGGUGGUGGUACCUGUUGAAAGAAGCGUUCUGUUUUUGUUACGCUUUUAGAAGAAUAAAUUUCAUUUUUCAGACUCUC